UUUCUUGCUCUUGCAGCCAUUGAGACAACCCUGUGGUCCAUCGAGUGGGGCCUUGCCGAGCUGGUGAACCACCAGGAUGUCCAGCGUAAGGUCCGGGCCGAGCUUGACUCAGUUCUCGGGCCGGGCGUCCAGAUCACCGAGCCAGACAUCCCGCGCCUCCCCUACCUCCAAGCGGUGGUCAAGGAAACCCUCCGCCUUCGAAUGGCCAUCCCGCUUCUCGUCCCCCACAUGAACCUCCACGACGCCAAGCUCGGCGGCUUCGACAUUCCAGCCGAGAGCAAGAUCCUCGUCAACGCCUGGUGGCUCGCCAACAACCCGGCCCACUGGAAAAACCCGGACCAGUUCCGGCCCGAACGGUUCCUCGAAGAAGAGGCCAAGGUCGAAGCUAACGGCAACGAUUUCCGUUACAUUCCUUUUGGCGUCGGCCGCCGGAGUUGCCCCGGCAUUAUUCUCGCUCUCCCCAUUCUCGGAAUCACACUCGGCCGUCUGGUUCAGAACUUCGAGCUUUUGCCACCGCCGGGUAUGGAGAUGCUUGAUACUACCGAGAAGGGAGGGCAGUUCAGUCUUCAUAUACUUAAGCAUUCGACCGUUGUCGCCAAGCCAAGGAGCUUUUGAUGGUUUGUUCAAACUGCUGUACUUACUUUUGUGGAUUUGUUCGAUUUGUCUUUGGAUCGGGAGGAGGAGGAGGAGGAGGAGGAAGAAGGUGGGGAUGAGAAUAAAUUAGAUUGCAGUGUAAUAUAUCAAAAUGUUAAGCGCAAUUAUAAAAUAUUUUUAAGAAUGUGUUGGUGGAU